AUGGAUAGUGAGAACAACUUUAUUCCAAACGGUCUGGUUUCUAGUGAGGCACCCUUGUUUGCAACGCUGGUUGACCAGAAAAGAUGGUCACAAGCUGAAGGUAGAACUGGAGAGCUGCUUGCACAGAUUCAGCCCAACCAGACAUCAGAAGCACAUCGAAAUGCUGUGCUAUCUUACCUGCGAUCCCUCAUCGUUAUGCGUGUCCCUUGUCAGGUAUUUCCAUUUGGUUCCGUACCGUUGAAGACCUAUUUACCUGAUGGGGACAUUGAUCUAACAGCCUUCUGUGAGGAUCAACAUUUGGAAGACAGUCUGAUCCAAGAUAUACAGCGUAUUUUAGAGAGAGAACAGAAGAAUGAGGAGGCUCAAUUUCACGUGAAAGAGGUUCAGUAUAUCCGUGCAAAGGUGAAGAUCAUAAAGUGUUUAGUCGAAAACUUUGUAGUUGACAUAUCUUUCAACCAGAUUAGUGGUUUGGGUACACUUUGUUUUAUUGAGGAGGUGCUUUUUCGAUUUUUGGAUUUCUUCAGCAAAUUUGACUGGAGCAAGUAUUGCAUUAGCUUGAGAGGUCCAGUGCCUAUAAGGUCACUUCCGAAUAUGGAAGCUGAACCUCCUCGUAAUAACUGCGGAAAGUUGUUGCUGACCCAACAGUUUCUUACUGCCUGUGAAUUCAACUAUGGUGUUCUGUGUAGCAGCAAAGAAUUAAACGAGAAACCAUUUGUCUCUAAAUACAUGAAUAUUGUAGAUCCUUUGCUUGCUAAUAACAACCUAGGAGGAAGCAUUAAUAAAGGAAACUUGAGUAGGAUAAAAAGUGCUAUUGCUUUAGGUGCAAAGCGAAUACAGAGGUUACUGGCUUGCCCAGAAGAUAAUGUCAUAGCUGAAAUUGAUUUAUUUUUUAAGAAUACAUGGGAGAGAAACGGUAAAGGUAACUGGAUCGAUAAACUCACUUGUAAUCUUCACCUAAGGAACAAAAGUGUUACAACUAGUCGUGUACAUCAUGGUUCUCAUAGUAUUUACCAAAAUCCUUCUAACCAUUCAGAAGAAUCGAAGCAAAUGUUAGGAAGCUCUGAUGAAUUUGCUGCUUCUCAAACUUGGAGCUUAAGGAAUAACAACAUUUCUACUGAUAAAAUGGCCUUUGAUAUAGACCAUACAAAUACCAUGAACAAUGCUCUUGCUGAUGGAGGCCAACGUCCUGUAUCUUCAUCAUAUGGAGUUCAUGACACGCGAUACUUUCCUGGGUUUUAUUAUAGUUCAGAAUUUGGUCAUUUGUGUAGUGAACCUUCAACUCAUCAUUACUACAAGACCAGAAUUUCAUCUGAAAAACAUCAACCUUUUGUGCAGAUCUCAUAUGAAUGUGAAGAUAACCCAGAAAACACUUCAAGUGGUUAUUAUUGUGAAUAUGGCUUAGGUGUCAAUGAUGAAAAUGUCUUUCCUGUUGAUGAGGCAAUGAUGACGCAACAGGAGUUUGGUUUUUCUUAUUUCGAUGAAUAUCUGCCAGCACUAGUGAAUGUGAAUUCAUGUGAUGUGUCUUUCCGACCACCCCGUGUUUUAGCUUCUGGAUACAUGCAUGGAAACUCAUUUGGGGUGUUUCGAGAAGAUGCCCCUUCUUUUGAGUACUUUCCAGGCCACAAUAUGCCUUACUCUCACGACUCAGCUCCAUUUCCAUCAGAAUGGUUUCCGGUUCCGAGAUCACCCUAUGAGGGAGAAUAUACUGCACCAUUUCAUUAUAGCGUGUUAGCACCACCUCAUUCAGAUCAUCACACACCAAAAGAUUAUGUGGUAACCACUAAGCAAAAAUGUGGUGAAAAUCCACCCGACAGCAGAAUCGUAAAUAAGGAUGUGAAUUGUAGAGAAACUGGAUCAUCUUGUAAGUCUUCUCCACCUGGUGGUGAGAAUGAAAAUUGGGUUGGUCAAUCAACAAUAGGCAUUGAUCAUGACUUGCGUGAGAACAUAAGUACCGAAGCAAUCAAUUCAUAUUGUCAAGCUCCUCAAUUCGGUAGCAAACUGUCAAAGACUGUGCCUAACUCACCAGUUCCUGAUUAUACUCCUGUUCUUGUUGAUCCUCCUAGUUCGAGUCAGAGAACCGUUGAUGACCAAAGUUUUCAACUAGUUGCAGUUCCUACCAUGUUCCCAUUCUACAAUCGUCCUAUUGCAGCCACCAAUGAUGUGGGCAUGAUGCAUGCUGGUUUAGGUUAUCUUUAUCCACCAGAGUCAAGUUUCAGUUCGGAUUUUGCUCAACAUGUUAACUAUGCAAGUCAUGACGCAGUAGCAACUUCAGGGUACUUUGAGAAUGAAGGUUAUGAUAUACUGGAUGGUAAUUUUUCAAGCUAUUGGUUGAAUCUGCAAUAUGGAAGGUAUUGUAAGAAUAAAAAGUCAAAGGAAGUUCUGUCUCCCUCUAGUAAACUGCCAAUGAAUUUAAGGGCACAAUUUGCAUGGCAUAGGAAACCUCAACAAGGUAUCAUGAACAUCAUGAAGCGUGUUCAAACCCCUAUUCCUGUGAUGCCAUCUGGAGAUGCUUCUCCCUUGCUUGGGGAUAUGAAUGAACGUGUUGGUUUUUGGCUUCCAAGAACUAGUGAUGGGACUGGGACUUACUUUCCAAAGGCAAAUCCUUCAAGUUAUUACCAGCAAAAGUUUUGCAAGAAAAAGCGUCUUCCCCUAAGUCGUUACAUCGAAAAUCUCAAAUAUGAAAAGAAGGACAACCAUGGCGAAAGGGACGAAAAUUUGCAUUUGAAUUCAAACGGAAGGUUUCCCGGCUGUGGCCAGGCGUACAGCAAAUUUGAGAAUUCAGCGGUUUUCGUCCAUUUUGCCAACCGUGACAAAAAGAUUAGUACUUCUGAUGGGUCACGCAAAGAGUACAAAGCAUUAGUUUCUCUUGGAAUUGAAGACACUAUAAUUGGAUAA